CCGCGGCUGGUGGGAACCUGGCCUUGCUCUCGAGCGCCUCCUCCCCAGCGUCCCACCUCCCAGCCGCCCGCUGGCGGCGGCGUGGAAAGGCUCUCCGAAAGCGUGAAAGGGGAUUGAAGAAGGUUCUUAUUUAUCUUUGUGCGGGUGGCUGGGGCCGGAUCGAGGCGGCCCUGCUGGUGGCCCCGGGAUUGGGGCUCCCCGCUGAGUCGAGAGGAGCGCGACAAAGGAUGCUUCCCGCCGGGGUCACCGUCUCGGCGCCCCAACUUUGAGCGCGGCGCCCGCGCGCCUGGGGAGCCCGCCAGCUGCGCUGAGAUCCCCGGCGUCCAGGCUGGGCAAGGGGCCGGGAGCGUCUGUAGGCGGCGCUGGCCCAGAUCUCCGGAACCCAGGAAGGGGUCCCCGAGCUUUGCGGAGGCGGCGGGCGGCCGAGCCGCGCCAGGGAACCGCGCUGCCCUCGGAAACUCCGCGCCUCUCUGCGGAUGCCCCUCGCCCUGACCCCCAGCGAGACGCGUUCAGGGCCCUGCGGGGCGCCCCUUUCCUCGCGGUGCUUCCCCAACCUGACUAAGCCGCCCACCCCGGACUACACCGAGAGCGACAUCCUGAGGGCCUACCCGGAGCAGAAGAGCCUGGACUUCAAGGAUCCCUAUGAGGACGGCGGAGAGCCGCUUGGAGCUGGACCCCGCGGGCCCAGGGGACUUCAAGAACCCAAGAGAUGCUAAGUAUGGCUCUCCCAAGCACCGGCUCAUCAAGGUCGAGGCUGCGUAUAUGGCCAGAGCCAAGGCCCUUCUGCGCGGCCCCGGGGAGGAGGUGCGUGGCUGGGUGGCCCCAGGAGACUGGGUGGAGAGGAGGCUCAGGUUGGGCUCCCUGGAUCGUGGAGAGCUUGUUUUAUGUGUGAUCACAGAGGGGCCGGGGGCACCAGACAGGCCCUUCCCAGUCCUCCACCUGCUUGGGGAGGUCUGUUCUUUUU